AUGGGUGUCCCAGCUUUAUUUAGAUGGUUAUCUCGAAAAUAUCCAAAAAUUAUUUCCCCAGUAGUAGAGGAAGAAGACCAUGAAAUUGGUGGUGCCAAAUAUGAAAACCCCAACCCCAAUGGAGAAAUUGAUAAUUUGUAUUUAGAUAUGAAUGGUAUUGUUCAUCCAUGUUCUCAUCCUGAACAUAAAAAGCCACCAGAAACUGAAGAUGAAAUGUUUUUAGAUAUUUUUAAAUAUACUGAUAGAGUGCUCAUGAUGGCUAGGCCAAGAAAGGUUUUAAUGAUUGCUGUUGAUGGGGUCGCACCAAGAGCGAAAAUGAAUCAACAAAGAGCAAGAAGAUUCCGUGCUGCUAAAGAUGCAGAAUUGAAAGCAAAACAACUCGAAAUUGAAGUUCAAGAAAGAGAAUUACGUGGUGAAAUUAUUAAUGAUGCAAUCAAGGGGAAAAAACAAUGGGAUUCUAAUGCCAUUACUCCAGGAACUCCAUUUAUGGAUAGAUUAGCAGAAGCUUUAAGAUAUUGGGUAGCUUAUAAAUUAAGUUCUGAUCCAGGUUGGGCUAAUUUACAAGUUAUUAUUAGUGAUGCAACUGUUCCUGGUGAAGGUGAACAUAAAUUGAUGAGUUUUAUUCGACUGCAAAGAUCCGAUCCCCAAUAUGAUCCAAACACCAAGCAUUGUAUCUAUGGAUUGGAUGCCGAUUUGAUUUUCUUAGGAUUGGCAACUCAUGAACCCCAUUUUAGAGUUUUAAGAGAAGAUGUUUUUGCCUCACAAGAUAAAAAGUUUACUAUCAAAGAUCAAAUUGCCGAUGCAAAUUCCAAUGGUGAUACAGUAGCAAAAGAAGAUAAAAAACCAUUCUUAUGGUUACAUGUCAACGUGUUGCGUGAAUAUCUUCAAGUUGAAUUAUUCACUCCGAGAAUGUCUUUCCCGUUUGAAUUAGAGCGUGCAAUUGAUGAUUGGGUAUUUCUUUGUUUCUUUGCUGGUAACGAUUUCUUGCCUCAUUUACCAAGUUUAGAUGUUAGAGAUAAUGGUAUUGACACUCUUGUACAAUGUUGGAAAAGAAGUUUGCCAAUUUUAAAAGAUUAUGUUACAUGUGAUGGGAAAUUGAAUUUGAAAAGUGUUGAAGUUUUGAUGUCUAAUUUGGCUUAUAAGGAAAGCGAGAUAUUUAAAAAUAAACAUGCUGCAGAACAAAGAAGAGAAGAAAACAAUAAGAGAAGGAAGUUGGCUCAAGAACAGGAACGAGCUCUUAAGCGUGUUUAUCUGUCGCAAGUGUCAAAAGGGAAAGAUAAAGCACCUCUAACUGCCGAUGUCAAUAUGCCAUUGAUGGAUACGCUGGGUCAAAAUGUGGAAGGAUACGCCAAUUUAACAAAUAGUGAUAUUGUUCAAAAUAGAGCUAUUUUGACUAAAGCCAACUUGGCUAAUAGUGAUGCUGCAGCCGAAUUGAAAAAAUUGAUCGAUUCCAAAAAGACUCAAGUCACUGUUGUUCAAGAUCAAAUAGCUACCGAUUCUUCUGCUAAUUCAGAAACAACUACUUCAGAAUCAGAAUUGGAAGAAAUUCAAAGCGACAACUCUCUCAAAAGAAAAUUGGAACCUGAAGAAGACAAACAGACACAAAGUGAUGAUAUUAAAUUAUGGGAACCAGGAUACAAUAAACGUUAUUAUGAAGCCAAAUUUCACUGUCAAUCUGAUGAAGAAAUCGAACAAACAAAAAGAGAUGUUGUAAGACAUUAUGUUGAAGGGAUUGCAUGGGUAGCAUUAUAUUAUUAUCAAGGAUGUCCAUCUUGGAACUGGUAUUUCCCCUAUCAUUAUGCUCCUUUUGCAGCAGAUUUUACUAACCUAGAGGAGUUAUUCCCAGAAGGUGUAAAGUUUAAAUUAGGUGAACCAUUUAGACCAUUUGAACAAUUGAUGUCUGUUUUACCAGCUGCUUCUGGACAUACCUUACCUCAAGUUUUCCGUGAUUUGAUGUCGAAUCCCGAUAGUGAAAUUAUUGAUUUUUAUCCUGAAGAAUUUGAAAUUGAUAUGAAUGGGAAGAAAAUGAGUUGGCAAGGUAUACCGUUAUUGCCAUUUAUUGAUGAAAAACGAUUGUUAGAUGCGGUACAGAAAAAAUAUGAAUUGUUAACUCCAGAUGAAAAAUCAAGAAAUACUAAUAAGGAAGCAGAAUUAUUUAUAUCUCCAGCAAAUAAGAAUUUUUCCAAAUUUUCAGAAAAAUUAUAUAAAGAAAAUGAAAAUGAAGUGACUUUCAAAUAUGCAAAGAGUGGACUUUCUGGAAAAAUUUUUAAAUUGGGAACGUUCAAUCCCGAAGGGGUGUUUAAUUUUCCCUUGAAUGAAGGUUAUAUGCCCAAUGUCAAUAAUAGUGACUAUUUCCAAGCUAUUUAUCAUUUCCCUAAAACCAAGACGGGUAAAUCAAUGAUAUUGAAUGGACAUAUAGCACCAUUGCCCGCAUUGACAACUGCGGAUAAGAAUGAUCUUCUAUAUCAAUUGGACAAGUUCAAUAAUAGAAGAAAUGGUGGAAGAUUUAAUUCUACUUUAGAUAAUAGUGAUUAUAUCAACAAGGGUCCUGCUGGUAAAGAAUUAUACAAGACUUAUUCUAUGAGAAGAGGUGGGUAUAGAUCAUAUUUACAGUACUUAACUAACGGACAUCAUCCUGAUCAUCAACUGCAAAAUAGUCAGUAUUUGUCGUAUGGUCAACAAAAGCCAUAUGGCGGACAAGGGUCAUAUAAUCAACAGGGUUAUUAUAAUCAACAAGGUCGUUAUAAUCAACAGGGGAAUAACUACAAUCAACAAGGUCGUUAUAGUCAACAAAGUCAAUAUAAUCAAUAUCGAUCCAACACCCAAAGAUUCAACAACAACCAAAACUACAAUCAAUCAUCAAACAAUUCAAGAUCUGGUUAUCUUCCUCCUAGACCACAACGCUAG